UUGCUCAUAAAAAAGAAGAAGAGCUUUUCACGAAUAAAAAGGUCCAGGAAAGCGAAGGAAGAAAGUAAUACAUGGGCCCAACCCAACUGCCCCAAUCCUAGUAGUAGUGAAGUGAGAAGGCUCAUCUCCAACAAUUGCGUAUGAGAGAGAGAGAGAGUGUGUGUGGUGAAUGGAAACGUCUUCUUCCGCCUGCUAACUCUAUAACCGCCUACUAGUCUCAUCACAUCAGUCUAGGAUCUCCAUCAUCUCCUUCAUCUCCUCUCCUCCAACCAAUUUGUUUAAUUUCAGUUACAAUUACAUUACAUACCAGUCAGUCAGUCAGUUUAGUUUCUCACUCAAUUAUUUUGUCAAUUUUCUUUUUGUAUAUUAUUUUAUUAUUAUAAACUCCAACAAGGCUGUAUAUCCUUGAAUCUUGAAUGAAUGUUGAUGGUGUCUUCCCUUCUGCCUUUGACCAAAUAGAUAGACAAAGCAAAGACAUCUGCUCUGCUCGUAUUUUUACUUGGAAAGACAACAACGAAGAAGAAAAGAGAUCAGAUAUCAGAAGAGAUGGGUGCGACUAAGGCAGCUGUUGGAGACACUGUGCUCACCUUCUUGUGGAUUUCCUGCGCAUCGACGCUUGGACUAGCCACCAGCUUCAUCGCAAAUGCCGUUGGGGUUCAGGACCUUUCAUGGCCGCCUCUCUUCAUCACCACCGCCCUUGUCUUCGUCCUUGUAUUUGUCUUCACCUUCCUCGGAGACGCCUUGGGUGGGGCCAGCUUCAACCCCACUGGCACUGCCUCCUUUUACGCCGCCGGCCUUGGCGCCGACACCCUCUUCUCCAUGGCCCUCCGCUUCCCUGCUCAGGCUUUGGGUGCUGUGGGUGGAGUACUAGCCAUUAACGAGGUCAUGCCACAGCAGUACAAGCACAUGCUUGGAGGGCCUUCAUUAAAAGUUGACGUGCAUACUGGAGCUAUCGCUGAGGGGGUAUUGACUUUCGUAAUCUCCUUUCUUGUCCUUGUAAUCAUACUCAAGGGUCCUCGUAGCCCAGUUUUGAAGAUGUUGCUACUUUCUGUGGUCACUGUCACAUUGGUUGUUGCCGGUUCUGUCUAUACCGGCCCUUCCAUGAAUCCAGCCAAUGCAUUUGGUUGGGCAUAUCUAAACAAUUGGCACAACACAUGGGAGCAGUUUUAUGUUUAUUGGAUUUGCCCCUUCAUAGGAGCAAUAUUGGCUGGGUGGAUCUUCCGUGCUGUCUUUCCCCCCCUACCUGCCAAAGGCAAAAAGAAGAAGGCCAAGAAGGCCUGAAGAGAAGAGGCGAGGCGGGUAGCUUCUUUCUGGUCAUUUUCAUCCGAAGAUAAGGAGGACCUUAGGGUUGGUAAACCUGUCUUCAAAUUGUGGAUCAAAUAAAAUGACUGUCUAGUCAAGUUGUGUUUUGGCGUUGGCAUUCUUUAUGCGCCUGCUGGCAAUGAAUUUCAGCAUGUUCAACUAGAGAGCAUUGAUAAUAGCUGGGUUAAAUGGCAGGCUUUGCCAUCCGUUCAUUAGAUAUUUCUCCCUUCCAGCUCUGUUUUCUGCCAUCCUUUUUUUUCUUCCAGAUUUUCCGCCAU